GAAGGUAGCUAGCUAGAAGCAAUCAUUCAUAUAGAUCGAGUUGUUAGCCAUGGCGGCGAAGCUGCAGGGAGGAGGAGGAGGAGCGGCGGUGAUGGCGGUGGUGGUGGUGGCGAUGGUCGCCGGCGCGGCGUCCGGCGGCAACUUCUACGAGGAGUGCGACGCGACGUGGGAGCCGCAGAACUGCUGGUCGUCGGACAACGGCAAGAGCCUGUCGCUGGCGCUGGUCAGCAACUCCUCCGGCUCCAUGAUCCGCUCCAAGCGGCAGUUCGUCUACGGCUCCGUCUCCACCUCCGUCCAGCUCGUCCCCGGCAACUCCGCCGGCACCGUCACCACCUUCUACACGUCGUCGCUGGGUGACAAGCACGACGAGAUCGACUUCGAGUUCCUGGGCAACGAGACCGGACAACCCUACACCAUCCACACCAACGUCUACGCCAACGGCGUCGGCGACAAGGAGAUGCAGUUCAAGCCGUGGUUCGACCCCACCGACGGCUCCCACAACUACACCAUCUCCUGGACCCCCUGCAGGAUCGUGUGGUACAUCGAUGGGAUGCCCAUCAGGGUGUUCCGCAACUACCAGAGCAGCAACGGCGUGGCGUUCCCGACGUGGCAGCCGAUGUACGCCUACUCGAGCAUAUGGGCGGCGGAGGACUGGGCCACGCAGAAGGGGAGGGUCAAGACGGACUGGAGCAAGGCGCCGUUCGUCGCCAACUACCACGGCAUCGACCUCGACGUCUGCGAGUGCUACGGCGGCGACUGCGUGUACGGCUGCGCCGCCGCGUUCAACCAGGGCGGCGGCUGCGCCGGCCAGCAGCUCACCGGCGACGAGAUGGGGCAGAUGAAGUGGGUGCAGGACAACUUCAGGAUCUACGACUACUGCGUCGACUACAAGCGGUUCAACGGCCAGAUGGCGCCGGAGUGCAGCCUGCCACAAUACUGAGUGCUGAAGGAUCGAUAUUGCAAUUGCAAAGUUUUUGCUAUAUGUGCAAUCAUCUUUUGAGAGAUGUUCCAUUUUUUGCUACAGUUUCCUCUCCUUUUUUUUUAUAUUAAGGGUUUGUGUCUUUGAUCGGUGGUUAUAUAUCUGAAUCCAAUAAGUUUUUGAUCGA